ACUCUGGAGGCCUCUUCACACUGGCCAGGCUGAGUACCUCGGUCCUGCUGUGAAGUGCUUAUUGUCUAAGACUGAGGGGAAAUGGGGAGAGAGAAAAGUUAAGGUGCAGUUUGAGGCCAGGCAUCUGAGUCCUGCCCUGACUAGGGCAGCCAGAGCUAAGUCCAUCAAGGACAUCCAUUAACCUGAGCCUAGAAAUCCCCAAAACCAAAGAGAACAGGUGGGCUCCACCCAAGCCUGACUAGAGGUCAGAGGGUAGGCAUGUCUGCUUUCGGGGCGAGACCUGUGCAUUGGGGAAUUGAAUGUGUGCUAAAUAUCCAGAAAGGCAGCUUGGUCCUCGGGCUCCUUUCAGUCCUGUACCCCCUAACUCUGCCUUCUUUUCUACGGGAGUGAAGGCCGCUAGAAAGGGAGAAUGGUCUCUGUGUGAGAAUGGGACCAGCGAGCUAACAGAGCUAACAGUGGACUCUGAACCUUCGCUAGGCCCCAUCCCCCAACCGCCUCUGGUCCUGAGAAAGCCAGAGCAGGGGCCACACCCAUUAUGCCUGGGGGUGAGGGACAAGCUUUGUGCUACACAAAGAAUGUCUAGUGUGUCAGGUGGGAGAUGCAGUGCCUUCAAGCUUGAGUGACUGCUGGAAAGCAGGAGUACUUAAUGUCUUGGCUCAUAUCUGUGGUUGUGUGUUGGUAGGGUGUGAACGCAAAGGGGUAAGGCUGGACCAGCAUCCUGUUCAUUCCUGGGCAUGAGUCUGCCAGGGCAGUCUAGGCUGAGUGAUUUUGUCUAAAGAUCCCAAAAUAACUCCAGUAGCCUGUGCUCCCCUCCCCCCACCGGCCUGGAGCCUCAAAGGCUCUUUGUUUUUUUGAAGGCAUCCUGCCCCUGCAGGGGGCUCAGACACUGACUGGGGUUUGGUGGGGCCAGGCUGCCCGCUUAGUUCCUUUUCCCAUGGCUAGGCCCAACAGACCUUGAGCUCCAUUCCAGUGUUGCCCACAGCUGACUAGAGCCCCCUCUGAGCACUGAAAAAAUGUUCCUAUUGAGACAUCUACAGUGGCAGAUCUCAGGGUUUCUGCUUGAUGAAAGGGGUUAGGCAAAGGCUACGUACAGGAAAUUUCCCAAGAUCAAUGGCGGCUUCUGCCAGCCCUUGCCCAGGGUUCCUACUCCCCGUGGGCCCCAGGUCUCCAGGACCCUGGUUGCUGUGCUUCCUAUACACUGGGACAUGCCAGGGCUGAAAGAACGUAUACUAUAGUAUUGUGCUGGGUAUUGCCUGGGGUACUUGUUUUCUGGCACUUUCUGUGGGAUGAGGCAAACAGAAGAUGUUUAAGACCCAAAGGACUGAGGUUCAUAUUUUACAUAUCAAAGCAGACCUGCCCUCCAAGUUUUCCCAGCAUCCUUCAGUCUCUACCUGACAUACCCUACAGACAACCCUGAAUUUUCCAGCCUGGGGACUAGGCUGCCCUCCCCAGGAGGCUCCUCCCUAUCUAACCCAGACAGUUUGGUCUCUUCUCUCUCUGGGAGCAUGCGUGUACCCCUUCUAUUUCUCUUUCCCUCCCCCAUCUCUUCCCAUGGUAACUCCCCUGGUCUUGGUCCUUGGGGCCAAUGAACUUGCCUGAGAGCAGCUUCUCAAUAAACCUGCAUUUAAUAUAAUCUAAUCUGGUUUGAAUUGGCUCAUUUCACUGGCGGCAGAGAAAUAACUUAUUAUUUAUGGCCUGUGCUGAGAUCUCCUAAGUUCUCUUGCCUUUUCUAUGCCAAACCCUGCCCCUGGAGCUUAGAACUCAGACCCUAUUCCUGGUAGCAUCCCAGAGACUACUUCUGUGCCACAGACAGUUCCAGGAUCAAGGAGAAAGUAUUUAGGGUCAGAGCUCUCCUGAGGAGAGGGUAAGGCAAUCUCUGAGAGGUUUCCCGUAAGUCGAUCUCAUGCUCUCCUAGACUACAAGUAUGGGGCUCAAACCAUGCUUUAUUUUGAAGUUUCCUAUAAGAUUCCAUUAGAAGAGUGAAUUUGGGGCCACAAGUGAUGGAAAACCUCUUAUCAUAGGCGGUGAGUGAAUGGCCCAGUGGAGGAUGGCACUUUAUGCCUGGCCAGGAGAUGCAAAGGGUUGAGAAGGUAGAGUGUUACCGACUAGGGCUGAGAAACCUGACUGACAGAUCAAAGGGCACAAUGAGGGCACCAAGUGUCUGGGCAGAGAGCCUCAGAGAGGUUUCACCUGUAGGUAAUACGGAAAUGGGGCAGUUUCCAGUCAGUGUGCAGUGAGUGUAGGGUCUUAGGGCCCUGGGAAGGGCUGGAUGGGACAGAGGAACCCCACAGAUUGGCCAGUGGCUCCUGGUAGAGAGAGAUGUGGCUUUCUAGAUGUACUGAGAUGAGGUUUGAGAGUCACCGCGGGUGGCUGAAAAGUUGGACUUCCUGGUACUGAAGCCUGAUUUGAAUCUUGAGUUGUGGGUACUCUGUACCUGUGGGUGAAAGCCAGUUGUGUGGUAUGCAGCUAUUUGGGUGAUUUCAGCUGAGAUGAAGACGUGGGGAUGGUGGAGAAUGGGCACGCUCCCCAAGUUUGCGGAUACCUGGGCUGGGGGUCUUUACCAGCAAGGCCGGGAAAGGAGCCCCUUCCCUGGGCCUCGGUGAACUGUGGCUCCAUCCCAAACACUUUGCCUCGGGUGGCCCUGCUGGAGUUUGCAAAGUAGCUUGAGGGCUGGGGUGUGCUCCAGGCUUAGGGUCAAGGGAUGGCAAGAGUUUCACAGCUAUUUCCAUGUUUUUUCAUUGCUGGGGAGUUGAGUGAAUUGGGGGUUUGAGGUGUUGUUUUCAAUUACAGAGGAAAGGUAGGGGGCGAUUUAUUUACCCAUUACCGCACUCUCCAGCUUGUACCCACUUGAGCAUCUUACAUACCACUUGGGGACCCCACUCACACCAGGGCAGAGCUUGCAGGAGCAGAAACUACACAGGCACUGGCACAAUGGCAUGUAUAAGCACAAACAAACCAAAUCUCAGAAUUUAGUGCUUCCUUCAGGCCCAAGUCCCCAGUGGAGGUGAUGCAGGAACCUCUCAGCGCAGCCAGGCAUUAGGAGUGAUGAAGGAGGACGUCUCUGCCCACACAGCAGUCCCUGCAGACCCUCCCACUUGGCUGCCUCCUGCCUCCCACCGUCCUCAAUGGCUCUAUAUGGCAAGCAACCACCUUGUUUCUAGGCUCAACCUCUGCUCCCCUGUGACAACACUUAACCCACUCCUACUGCUCCCCUGUCCUCCAGUUUCCAGCUCCUUUGCCCUCCCAUUGCUUGUCCCUCCCUUGCUUCCUGCCCUCUUACCAGCACCACCACCAACCUUCCCCAGGCUUCUACCUCUACCCGAAGCUGCUCGGCCCCUUUUGUCCACUUUGCAUCCUGGUCUUAAUCCACCCCAGGCUCUUUGCUACCAACUGCGACUCCCUGUGGACGCUAGAGUCCCCAGAGACAUCCUCCUUUGUCUCUGCUCACCGCCCCCGCCCCUCGGCUUCCCUCGCCCCUCACUCACUGCCCCAGCCCAGCGAAGACGAGAAGAGCUUCACUGCCUGCCGCCGCCGCCGCCGCCGCUGCCACUGCUGCUGGAGGUGGGCAGGCGCCUCCGCGGUUCUUUAUUCUCUCUCCAAAGCCUUUGCUCCUCCCGCCGCCGCUGCCAUCGUGUUCCCCGCCUCUGCCAGGCAGGAGCAGACAGGCCCUGCACCGGCGCCCCUGGUCUCUGGGGCCUUUCCUGCAGUGCAGACCACAGGGAGACAGAGGACGACACUGGCUAGUGGGCAGAAGACUUGUAACCAACAGGGGUUGCGUUGGCUCUCCAUCAUCUUUUGCCUGCAUCUGAGCUCACAUUUGGGAUUUCUACUUGGAGAGAAUUCUUCUUAUCUCCUGCCAUGAGCCUGGAGGGCUGGGGAGAGGGCCCGGUGCUCCCCUAGCCACAACUGGCUAAACUUUGCUAUCACAGCUGCCAUCUGCUGCUCCAGAGCACCCAGCAUGGGGGGAGUAGCUCCGAAGAGGCCUAAAGGCCCUCCAUAAGAACGCCCCACACCCCCAGGGACUGGGCUAGAGCCGUAUCAUGCCUCCUCUGCCACUGGAACACAGACCCAGGCAGCAGCCUGGUGCCUCCGUGCUGGUUCGGUACUUCAUGAUCCCCUGCAACAUCUGCUUGAUCCUCUUGGCUACUUCUACGUUGGGCUUUGCGGUGCUGCUUUUCCUCAGCAACUACAAACCUGGGAUCCACUUCACAGCAGCGCCUUCUAUGCCUCCUGAUGUGUGCAGGGGAAUGUUAUGUGGCUUUGGUGCUGUGUGUGAACCUAGUGUUGAGGAUCCAGGCCGGGCCUCCUGUGUGUGCAAGAAGAAUGUCUGCCCUGCUAUGGUAGCUCCUGUGUGUGGCUCAGAUGCUUCCACCUAUAGCAACGAGUGUGAGCUACAGCGUGCACAGUGCAACCAGCAACGGCGCAUCCGCCUACUCCGCCAAGGGCCAUGUGGGUCCCGGGACCCCUGUGCCAAUGUGACCUGCAGUUUCGGUAGUACCUGUGUACCUUCAGCCGAUGGACAGACCGCCUCGUGUCUGUGUCCUACAACCUGCUUUGGGGCCCCUGAUGGCACAGUGUGUGGCAGUGAUGGUGUUGACUACCCUAGUGAGUGCCAGCUGCUCCGUCAUGCCUGUGCCAACCAGGAGCACAUCUUUAAGAAGUUCGAUGGUCCUUGUGACCCCUGCCAGGGCAGCAUGUCAGACCUGAAUCAUAUUUGCCGGGUGAACCCACGUACACGGCACCCAGAAAUGCUUCUGCGGCCUGAGAACUGCCCCGCCCAACACACACCUAUCUGUGGAGAUGAUGGGGUCACCUAUGAAAACGACUGUGUCAUGAGCCGUAUAGGUGCAGCCCGUGGCCUGCUUCUCCAGAAAGUGCGCUCUGGUCAAUGCCAGACUCGAGACCAGUGCCCGGAGACCUGCCAGUUUAACUCUGUAUGCCUGUCCCGCCGCGGCCGUCCCCACUGUUCCUGCGAUCGCGUCACCUGUGAUGGGGCUUACAGGCCAGUGUGUGCCCAGGAUGGGCACACGUAUGACAAUGACUGUUGGCGCCAACAGGCCGAGUGUCGACAACAGCAGACCAUUCCCCCCAAGCACCAGGGCCCGUGUGACCAGACCCCAUCCCCGUGCCGUGGAGCGCAGUGUGCAUUUGGGGCAACAUGCACAGUGAAGAAUGGGAAAGCUGUGUGCGAGUGCCAGCGGGUGUGCUCGGGCGGCUACGAUCCUGUGUGCGGCAGUGAUGGUGUCACUUACGGCAGUGUGUGCGAGCUGGAAUCCAUGGCCUGUACCCUUGGGCGGGAAAUCCGAGUGGCCCGCAGAGGACCGUGUGACCGAUGUGGGCAGUGCCGGUUUGGAUCCUUGUGCGAGGUGGAGACUGGACGCUGUGUGUGCCCCUCUGAGUGUGUGGAGUCAGCCCAGCCCGUAUGUGGCUCUGACGGACACACAUAUGCUAGUGAAUGUGAGCUGCAUGUCCACGCCUGUACACACCAGAUCAGCCUAUACGUGGCCUCAGCCGGACACUGCCAGACCUGUGGAGAAACAGUUUGUACCUUUGGGGCUGUGUGCUCAGCUGGACAGUGUGUAUGUCCCCGUUGUGAGCACCCCCCACCUGGCCCUGUGUGCGGCAGUGAUGGCGUCACCUACCUCAGUGCCUGUGAGCUCCGAGAGGCUGCCUGUCAGCAGCAGGUACAAAUUGAGGAGGCCCGUGCAGGGCCGUGUGAGCCGGCUGAGUGUGGCUCAGGGGGCUCUGGGUCUGGGGAAGACAAUGCGUGUGAGCAGGAGCUGUGUCGGCAGCAUGGUGGUGUCUGGGAUGAGGACUCAGAAGACGGGCCGUGUGUCUGUGACUUUAGUUGCCAGAGUGUCCUUAAAAGCCCAGUGUGUGGCUCAGAUGGAGUCACCUAUAGCACGGAGUGCCAUCUGAAGAAGGCCAGAUGUGAAGCGCGGCAAGAGCUGUACGUCGCUGCUCAGGGAGCCUGCCGGGGCCCUACCUUGGCUCCACUGCUACCUAUGGCCUCCCCACACUGUGCCCAAACCCCCUAUGGCUGCUGCCAGGACAAUGUCACUGCUGCCCAGGGUGUGGGCUUGGCUGGCUGUCCCAGCACCUGCCAUUGCAACCCACACGGCUCCUAUAGCGGCACUUGUGACCCAGUCACAGGGCAGUGCUCCUGCCGACCAGGUGUAGGAGGCCUCAGGUGUGAUCGCUGUGAGCCUGGCUUCUGGAACUUCCGUGGCAUUGUCACCGAUGGACAUAGUGGUUGCACUCCCUGCAGCUGUGACCCUCGGGGUGCUGUAAGAGAUGACUGUGAGCAGAUGACUGGAUUGUGUUCCUGUAGACCUGGUGUGGCUGGUCCCAAGUGUGGGCAGUGUCCAGAUGGUCAAGCCCUGGGCCAUCUUGGCUGUGAAGCAGAUCCCACAACACCAGUGACUUGUGUGGAAAUGCACUGUGAGUUUGGCGCCUCCUGCGUAGAGGAGGCUGGUUUUGCCCAGUGUGUCUGCCCAACUCUCACAUGUCCAGAGGCUAACUCUACCAAGGUCUGUGGAUCAGAUGGUGUCACAUACGGCAAUGAAUGCCAGCUGAAGACCAUUGCCUGCCGCCAGCGUCUGGACAUCUCCAUUCAGAGUCUUGGUCCAUGCCGGGAGAGUGUUGCUCCUGGGGUUUCCCCUACAUCUGCAUCUAUGACCACCCCAAGGCAUAUCCUGAGCAGGACACUGGCGUCUCCCCACAGCAGCCUUCCUCUGUCUCCCAGCACUACUGCCCAUGAUUGGCCCACCCCAUUACCCACAUCACCUCAGACCGUAGUCGGCACCCCCAGGAGCACUGCAGCCACACCCUCUGAUGUGGCCAGUCUUGCUACAGCGAUCUUCAGGGAAUCUGGCAGCACCAACGGCAGUGGCGAUGAGGAGCUCAGUGGCGAUGAGGAGGCCAGUGGGGGCGGGUCUGGGGGACUUGAGCCCCCGGUGGGCAGCGUUGUGGUGACCCACGGGCCACCCAUCGAGAGGGCUUCCUGUUACAACUCACCUUUGGGCUGCUGCUCAGAUGGCAAGACACCCUCACUGGACUCAGAAGGCUCCAACUGUCCAGCUACCAAGGCAUUCCAGGGCGUGCUGGAGCUUGAGGGGGUCGAGGGACAGGAACUGUUCUACACACCAGAGAUGGCUGACCCCAAGUCAGAGUUGUUUGGGGAGACUGCAAGGAGCAUUGAGAGCACGCUGGACGACCUGUUCCGGAAUUCGGAUGUUAAGAAGGACUUCUGGAGCAUCCGCCUACGGGAACUGGGGCCUGGCAAAUUAGUCCGUGCCAUUGUGGAUGUUCACUUUGACCCCACCACAGCCUUCCAGGCACCAGAUGUGGGUCAGGCCUUGCUCCAACAGAUCCAGGUAUCCAGGCCGUGGGCCCUGGCAGUGAGGAGGCCUCUGCGGGAGCAUGUGCGAUUCUUGGACUUUGACUGGUUUCCCACUUUUUUUACGGGAGCUGCAACAGGAACCACAGCUGCUGUGGCCACAGCCAGAGCCACCACUGUGAGCCGACUGUCUGCCUCUUCUGUCACCCCACGAGUCUACCCCAGUUACACCAGCCGGCCUGUUGGCAGAACUACGGCACCGCUAACCACUCGCCGGCCACCAACCACUACCGCCAGUAUUGACCGACCUCGGACUCCAGGCCCGCAACGGCCCCCAAAGUCCUGUGAUUCCCAGCCUUGCCUCCACGGAGGUACCUGCCAGGACCUGGAUUCUGGCAAGGGUUUCAGCUGCAGCUGUACUGCAGGCAGGGCUGGCACUGUCUGUGAGAAAGUGCAGCUCCCCUCUGUGCCAGCUUUUAAGGGCCACUCCUUCUUGGCCUUCCCCACCCUCCGAGCCUACCACACGCUGCGUCUGGCACUAGAAUUCCGGGCGCUGGAGACAGAGGGACUGCUGCUCUACAAUGGCAAUGCACGUGGCAAAGAUUUCCUGGCUCUGGCUCUGUUGGAUGGUCAUGUACAGUUCAGGUUCGACACGGGCUCAGGGCCGGCGGUGCUAACAAGCUUAGUGCCAGUGGAACCGGGACGGUGGCACCGCCUCGAGUUGUCACGGCAUUGGCGGCAGGGCACACUUUCUGUGGAUGGCGAGGCUCCUGUUGUAGGUGAAAGUCCGAGUGGCACUGAUGGCCUCAACUUGGACACGAAGCUCUAUGUGGGUGGUCUCCCAGAAGAACAAGUUGCCACGGUGCUUGAUCGGACCUCUGUGGGCAUCGGCCUGAAAGGAUGCAUUCGUAUGUUGGACAUCAACAACCAGCAGCUGGAGCUGAGCGAUUGGCAGAGGGCUGUGGUUCAAAGCUCUGGUGUGGGGGAAUGCGGAGACCAUCCCUGCUCACCUAACCCCUGCCAUGGCGGGGCCCUCUGCCAGGCCCUGGAGGCUGGCGUGUUCCUCUGUCAGUGCCCACCUGGCCGCUUUGGCCCAACUUGUGCAGAUGAAAAGAACCCCUGCCAACCGAACCCCUGCCACGGGUCAGCCCCCUGCCAUGUGCUUUCCAGGGGUGGGGCCAAGUGUGCGUGCCCCCUGGGACGCAGUGGUUCCUUCUGUGAGACAGUCCUGGAGAAUGCUGGCUCCCGGCCCUUCCUGGCUGACUUUAAUGGCUUCUCCUACCUGGAACUGAAAGGCUUGCACACCUUCGAGAGAGACCUAGGGGAGAAGAUGGCGCUGGAGAUGGUGUUCUUGGCUCGUGGGCCCAGUGGCUUACUCCUCUACAAUGGGCAGAAGACGGAUGGCAAGGGGGACUUUGUAUCCCUGGCCCUGCAUAACCGGCACCUAGAGUUCCGCUAUGACCUUGGCAAGGGGGCUGCAAUCAUCAGGAGCAAAGAGCCCAUAGCCCUGGGCACCUGGGUUAGGGUAUUCCUGGAACGAAAUGGCCGCAAGGGUGCCCUUCAAGUGGGUGAUGGGCCCCGUGUGCUAGGGGAAUCUCCGAAAUCCCGCAAGGUCCCGCACACCAUGCUCAACCUCAAGGAGCCCCUCUAUGUGGGGGGAGCUCCUGACUUCAGCAAGCUGGCUCGGGGCGCUGCAGUGGCCUCCGGCUUUGAUGGUGCCAUCCAGCUGGUGUCUCUAAGAGGCCAUCAGCUGCUGACUCAGGAGCAUGUGUUGCGGGCAGUAGAUGUAGCGCCUUUUGCAGGCCACCCUUGUACCCAGGCCGUGGACAACCCCUGCCUUAAUGGGGGCUCCUGUAUCCCGAGGGAAGCCACUUAUGAGUGCCUGUGUCCUGGGGGCUUCUCUGGGCUGCACUGCGAGAAGGGGAUAGUUGAGAAGUCAGUGGGGGACCUAGAAACACUGGCCUUUGAUGGGCGGACCUACAUCGAGUACCUCAAUGCUGUGACUGAGAGUGAGAAAGCGCUGCAGAGCAACCACUUUGAGCUGAGCUUACGCACUGAGGCCACGCAGGGGCUGGUGCUGUGGAUUGGAAAGGUUGGAGAACGUGCAGACUACAUGGCUCUGGCCAUUGUGGAUGGGCACCUACAACUGAGCUAUGACCUAGGCUCCCAGCCAGUUGUGCUGCGCUCCACUGUGAAGGUCAACACCAACCGCUGGCUUCGAGUCAGGGCUCACAGGGAGCACAGGGAAGGUUCCCUUCAGGUGGGCAAUGAAGCCCCUGUGACUGGCUCUUCCCCGCUGGGUGCCACACAAUUGGACACAGAUGGAGCCCUGUGGCUUGGAGGCCUACAGAAGCUUCCUGUGGGGCAGGCUCUCCCCAAGGCCUAUGGCACGGGUUUUGUGGGCUGUCUGCGGGACGUGGUAGUGGGCCAUCGCCAGCUGCAUCUGCUGGAGGACGCUGUCACCAAACCAGAGCUAAGACCCUGCCCCACUCUCUGAGCUGCCACUAGAGCUGCCACCUUCCCUCCUGUAAUUAUUUUCUAUUUUUGUAAACUUGUUGCAUUUUUAUAUGAUUUUCUUGACUGCACGUUGGCCAGAAGGACUGCUGGCCUGGCCUCCUUUCCGUCCGGGCAGCUGUGCUGCAGAGACAAAAAGUGGUGCUGAGGGACUCCUAAGUCGGCCGUAGCACCUCGAGCCCUGGGCUUUGAAGGCAGCCUUAGGACAAACUCCUCUGCCUAAGGCAUCAUGCCUCAGCCCCUUGCACUGUAUGUUCCUAUAUGUCUACUUGUAUUGAUCCUUUGGGUCUCCUGGCCCAUUGCUAGGCACUGUUUGUGUGUUAUUAAUGUGUAAUUGGGUGAGAACUGUGUCCCUGAGCAGGAGGGGCUGUUGGGGUUGAGGGGGCCUUCAUUAAACCAAGUAACAUUGGGUCCUUUUUAGGUCCCACUUAAGCUGCUCUCCUGUGUGUGCUGAGGGCCAGCCUCACCCCAGGCUAGCCUGGACCCCCAGUGCUCCCUGUGACAAUACUGUGAUAUCAAAAAACUGAUAAUAAUUGGGACAUCAUCUUACUUCCCAAAAUGUGUUUGCCUGUCCCCGGAGGCUGGAAGUAGAAGCCAGGCUACAUCUAAGUUGCCCUGACUGGCCUUCAGCUGGCCUUACCCACUUCUUCAGUUACCCUGAACAUGGGGAGUGCAUCACGAUAGGGUGUGGCUGACCUCCAUUGCUUACCUGCCUGAGUAGCCAGCUGCAUCCAUCUCUCAAAGAUACCUAGCCAGGCUCCUAACCAUGUUCUUCAACCAUUGAUUUUGUUUGAUUUCUGAUGUGGAAGUGCGGUCAUUCCUGGUUUAACUCACAGCAACUUUUAAUUGGUCUAAGAUGAGGGCAUCCCUCAGUUGGUCCAUUGUAAUGAUGAUCGUCCUCAUCUGAGUGACAGUUACUGCCCAGGGUCCAGCCAAGGACAGGUACAGGAAGGCAGAGAUCACUAUAGAGCCAAAAAUGACUGAAACUGAAGCAUCCAUCUGCUUCUCCAUUCCCUGUCUUUUAAGUCCAGCACAUUGGGAGACAAACUAAGCAAAUCUGGGAUGGGGGCAGUCUGACCUUCUUCCUGCUUCGGUGAUCCGAGGCUAGAGGGAGCUGCAUGGUAUCUUGUUACUAACUCAGUAUGUGUCAAUGUCAAAUACCAUGAAAUAAAGUCUGAAAACCUUAAAA